AUGGCUUCCGACAACCUACCGCCGUACCAUCAGAGUGACACUGCACUCUCGUCCUCGGACCAGAAGAAAUUCGACCAUAGAGACAAUGACGUCGAACAGCGAAACGGCACAGUGGAAAACCUCGAUGAGCAGACAGGCUAUGUUUCGGAGCUGGCAAAGAACAGAUCCACCUUCCAGCUGGCUUUCAUGGCCUUCAUUCUUGCUUCCAUUCCCUACGGUUUGGCAACAAGUCUCAUCUACCCCCUCAUGAAUGGUGGUCCAGUCACCAUGAUCUGGGGUUGGUUGCUAGUAUCUGUCAUCAUUUUUUGUGUUGCGUUAUCUCUUGCAGAGAUUACGAGCGUGUAUCCUACUGCCGGAGGCGUCUAUUACCAGACCUUCAUGUUAUCACCCAAGAGCUGGAGAAGGAUUGCAUCUUGGAUCUGCGGAUGGGCCUAUGUUGUCGGAAACAUCCUCAUCACACUCGCGGUCAACUUUGGCACAACUCUGUUCAUCAUCGGCUGCAUCAAUGUCUUCGAGACUGAAGAUGGAGAAGGUAUAUUCCAGGCGGAGACGUAUCAAGUCUAUCUCAUUUUUGUGGCUCUGACCCUUCUCUGCAAUCUUGUCUCUUCAUUGGGUAACCGGUGGCUCCCUUACCUUGAUACUUUUGCUAUUUACUGGACCGGAAUCGGUUUACUCACCAUGGUCAUUUGCGUCCUAGUCCUAGCCAAACAGGGCAGACACGAGGCUUCGUAUGCAUUUGGCCACUUUGAACCUCUCUCUGGAUGGCCUUCUGGCUGGGCCUUUUGUGUUGGUCUUCUUCAUGCUGCCUAUGCCACUUCUUCAACGGGCAUGCUCAUUGCCAUGUGUGAAGAAGUACCAAACCCCAAAGUGCAGGUCCCGAAAGCCAUGGUUGGGACUGUCGUUUUGAACACGAUUGCUGGCCUCAUAACAUUGGUCGCCUUUGCGUUCGUCCUUCCGGAUUUGGAAACACUCAUCAACUCGGAGCAGCCGGUUCCCGUUAUUGUCAAAAGCGCAGUGGGAAAUGCUGCAGGUUCUUUUGCCCUCCUGAUCCCCCUCAUCGUCUUAGCUAUCUUGUGUGGCAUUUGUUGCACCACAGCUGCUUCCAGAGUGACAUGGGCUUUCUCUCGUGAUGGCGGCAUUCCAGGCUCGGCUUGGUGGCGCAAAGUCAAUGAAUCGCUUCAGAUACCAUUCAACGCGAUGAUGCUGAGCAUGAUUGUCCAGCUGGUGCUGGGAGCCAUUUACUUUGGCUCUGCUACAGCUUUCAACUCUUUUUCCUCAGCUGGUGUCAUCUGCCUUACUAUCAGUUACGCAACACCUAUCAUGGUAUCAAUGCUUAGAGGUCGUAAAGAUGUUAAGCAUGGAGCCUUCUAUUUGGGUCGCUGGGGUACAUUCUGUAAUACCGUAUCCUUAUCUUGGUCUUUUCUCGUUGUGCCUCUCUUUUGUAUGCCCGCUGGGAUUCCCGUCACAGCCGAAACAGUCAACUAUGCGAGCGUGGUCUUUGUUGGAUUCAUCAUUUUCGCUACCGCGUGGUAUUUCGCUUGGGGCAAGACGAAUUACGGAGGCCCACCACCAGUCAACGACCACUUGAGCGAGAAUUGA